AUGCACGCGCUGAACGCGUCCUCCCCAGCCUUCAUUCCGUAUCAGUACUUGGAGCAGCAACAGUGCGGUAAUGCUGGCGACAACGCCUCCGCCGCUGCUACGCAGAGCGUUUUCUCAUUCACGGCCACGUCCUCGCUGAUGUACAUGGGCAGCACAGGCGGCGGCAGCUCCGUCUCCUCCCCGCUCGCCUUCGCGGUGUCGUCGAAUGCGGGCCAUCCCACUGCCAUGCUGUCGCCUUUCUCCCCUUCCUUGGCUGCAAAGCAGGACUCGCUGCUCAGUAGCGCCGCCCUUGCCUCCGUCGCGUCAACCGCCGCGAGUGGCUCUGCACUUUCUACACAGCCGUCCGAUCAACUGCGCGGCGCGUACGCGCGGGCAGCCGCCGCAGCCGCCGCUUCGUCCGCGCCGCACCUUCAGCACACCGAUCCAUACGCCUCGGUCGCCGCCGCGCCGAACUCUGCCGUCCCCGCGGGGACGGCAGCUGCUCCGCCACCCACUCAGUUGGAGCCGCAGCAGCGCUGUGCCACGCGCAAGACUCCGGUCGCGGCGUCGUCAACCGCCAAAGCCGUGUACGGACCGUCGGUUCCAGUGUUCCACUCGCAGUUCAUCGACAUUGCCACAGGCAACACCUCCAUGACUCCUCUCGCCCUUUUACAGGAGCAAGCCGACGGCGACGACGUUGACCGCGUCAGCGAGGCUUGCGACGACCACCACGCAGGGGCCGAAACAGCACCAGAGCCGACGACCAUUGGCGCUGCCGCUGCAGUGCCGUGGUCCCCACCGACGCUGGCACAGGACAGGAAGGAGGGAGAGACGCAGAAGGUGCGCCAGGCGUCCAACUCGGCCAGCCAGCAGCCCUCGCAGCGCCGUAUCUCGGCAGCCACCGCGGCUGUCCUGGCAAGCCAAGACGCACGGCUCGCGGAGCGCUCUCAGCGCUACGCCGAGGCUGAGCAGCUGCUCUACGAGCCGGUCUCUGCAACUACCCGCGCCGCCCUGAGCGCGAAUGGGGCAUCUUCUCAGCGCCCCAGCAGCAAGAACGCGAACGACGCCGCCACUGCCAAGCCGGCCGCGAAGGCCCAGCGACACACGUCUGCGUUCACGACGGCCACGGCGAGCGAGACGGAGACGACCACACAUGAGACCCCCAAACGCCGCUCACCCAUGAUAUCCACGGCAACCGUCGGUACCAGCAACGGUAACAAGGCGCGAACGUCCGUCACGCCCAGCAUCGACGGCGGUGCAUCCACAAUGAAGCGCUUACACACCUGCCUGGGGUGCACCGAUGAGCGCACAGAAGGGGACCGGACGGGGUCGGUUAUGGGACUAACCGGCUCCACGCGCCGCGGCCUGCCUGCUUGCGGCGAUGACAGGGAUGACGAGGGGCGACGCAGCGACACCGUGACCCCAACGACGACGCCGGCCAAGGUGCUGGCGGCUGAGAGCUCUCCGUUCGUGGCGGCUGCCGCUGCCUCUGGCGACGCAUCCACCGGCCGCGCGCACUGCCGCUCCGUGUCGCGGGAGGACAGCUCUGUUGCUCACUCUGAGUCCGGCUUGGGCGAGUCGACGCGGCACACCCGCGUAGUCCAGCAGCAGCACAGCAGCGGUAGCAGCAGCAGCAACGCCCACCUUCAGCGCGCCAUGAUGCAGCUCAUUGCACAAAUCCAGACGAACACCACCACCAAAGGACACGCCUCCUCGUCCGCCGCUGCUGCCACUGCCAUCACGCCGAACAAGUCUAGCAUCCAAAACGCCGCACUUGGUGAGACGGGUGCUACAGCUGCCACCCCCGCCGCCUUCAAGACACCUGAGGUCGAGCGGGUCCCGUCGGCCCGUCCUAGCGCGUCCAAGAACGCUGCGAUCCGCAACAUCACCACCAUCAUCCACACACCGAACACGCCCGGCGCACAUCACGGCCACUCUUCUGCGGUCACGAAGACGACGAUCACGUCGGAGACGUCGCGGCAUCACCACAGUGCUGCGGAGACUUCGGUGCCGGCAAAGGACUCGCGUGGCGCGGCGCCGAAGGGCGCGCAGCGGUCGCUUGCAAGCUGCCUUGAGGCCAUUUCACCUCAGCGUGGAGAGAGUGCGCGCAACAGCAGCAACGCAGCGGGGGCGGAGCUGGCGACCGCCACGUCACAGGGACCGCUGCCGUCGUCGUCCUCGGCGUCCUUCAUGUCAUCCGGGACUGCAGGGGCGAUGCCGGUUCCGCGCUCGCAGCGACGUGGCACAAAGCAGGGGUCCUCCGGCGCCACUUCCGCAGCCUCUGCAGGUGCCGCUGAGUCUCGCUCGCUGACAGCGCGGGCGACCAACUAUGCGGUUGUGAUCGAGGGCCACAUGCAGCGCCGUGUCACGGCUGUCUCGUCCGCGGUACUGAAGCGAGGAGUCUGCGUUCUGUUCGAGGAGGACCGCGGAAUCGACAUGGGCCGCGUCGUGCAGUGCGACGUGCUGGACGGUGAUGGGGCUGCCGGCACGCUGGCCACAAUGGCCUCGGCGACAUCGCCGCUCAGCCGCAAGGACCGCCCCGCACCUGUGCUACGACCAGCCACGGCGGAGGAGGAGUACCGCUGGCUGUACGCUGACGUCAAGGAGGCGGAGGCGACGUUGGAGCCGUGCCGCGAGGCGGCCGCGCGUCUUGGGCUGCCGGUGAAGGUGGUGGCGGCCGUGUAUCAGUUCAACAAGGCCAAGCUCACCUUCUAUUACGAGAGCCCCACGCGCGUCGACUUCCGUCCUCUGCUGCCCUCGCUUUUCUCCCGCUUCCACUGCCGCAUUUGGAUGGCUCGCCUGGAGACACCCGAGAUGACCGCGGCGGCGUCUGGUGGUGUCGAGGAUGGUGCCCCCAGUCACUUGCAGACAGAGAAGAGCGCUUGA